AUGUCUUGGGAUCAACUGCCAAUCCUCAUCUCGGGAGCUGGAAUUGCUGGGUUGCUGACCGCGCAAGCUCUCAAACGGCUGGAGAUUCCAUUUAUCAUCUUCGACAGGGAUGAGUCUGUUUCGUCUCGCGGCCAAGGAUGGGGCAUCACUCUGCAUUGGGCUUUGAAUGAUUUCCUCUCACUUUUGCCGGAAAACAUACAACACAAGGUGUUUGAAUGCCAAGUGCUGGAGGAUUUCCAUUUAAAUGACAGCGGGAACUUCGUGUACAUCAAUGCGGGAACUGCAAAUUCGUUGGUUCACAUUCCUCCGUCCAAAAGACUUCGAGUCAGACGGGAGCAGAUCAGAAAGACGUUGCUAGAGGGAAUUGAUGUUAACUGGAGUUGCAAGACUAUGGAGGUCAGAGCUACAGAUGCCGAAGUGACAGUUCUAUGCGAAAAUGGUAGAACGUUCACUGGCAAACUCUUGAUUGGGGCAGAAGGAAGCAAUUCCGCCACUAGGCGAUUCACCAAUCCAGACAAUUACCAGCUAUAUGACCUUCCAGUGAGAUUUUUGGGCUCCACUGUAAUUCUCACCCAUGAGGAGUACGAAGAGGUCUCAAAACACUUUGACAGUCUGCUAUUUCAAGGAACAAUACCAUCCAACGAUACGUUCUUCUGGUUUUCUCUGCUUUCCUCUCCAGCACACAACGGAACCAAUUUCUAUGAAUGCCAGGUGAAUUUUUCGUGGAACUGUCCCAACAAGACCGCCGAGAAGUUUGGCACCGUGGAAGACAAAAUCAACGUUAUCAAAAGAGUAUCUUCGGGUUUGAACGAAAAUCUCAUGUUUCUGCGAGAUAAAAUGGUAGCAGCGUCCGAUCGAUUUAUGGAGAUACGGCUUUCUGAUUGGCCAUAUGCCGACUUUGACGAUAAACAGGGCAAGAUUAUUCUGAUUGGAGAUGCUUGCCAUGCCAUGGUCAUGUACAGAGGAGAGGCCGGAAACCAUGCUAUUGCAGACGUGAAGCUUUUUAUUGAUCUGCUGGAGAAAUGUCGGAAACAGGAGAACUCGUGGCCGGAGAUGAUCCGUGCAUACAAAGACGACGUCAAAGCACGCGCUGGUCCUGCUGUGCUACUGUCACGCCAGGCCUGUUUGGACGCACACAAUUGGGAAAAGCUUAAGGAUUUCCAAUUGAACAAAAGCCCGCUACUCGCUCUGAGAAAAAAAUAA